AUGCCGCUGGGCACAAAAGCUGGAUUUGAAAAGAGUCAGUCUCGAUACUGCGGAGUGGAGACAGAGUUCAACGAUGACAUGCCUCAGCUUCUCAAUUUUAAUCUCUCUACCGGUGCUUUUGAUUUCGUCGUCGCACCUUUGAUGAAUCCCACAUAUCGGCCCAGCUUGUUGGAAAAAGAUGGGGUUCUGCCAUUUGCUGCAUCAGACCUAGUUUUGAGUCCCUCUCAGUGGAGCAGUCAUGUUGUUGGAAAAAUUAGUUCUUGGAUUGACCUGGAUUCCGAGGAUGAAACUAUUCGGAUGGAUUCUGAAACCACAUUGAAGCAAGAAAUAGCAUGGGCUAAUCAUCUCUCUAUACAGGCAUGCAUUCUUCCUUCUCCCAAGGGUGCAUCUUGUGCUAACUAUGCUAGGUGUGUAAAUCAGAUUUUGCUGGGCCUGAACAAUGUGCAGUUGUGGCUUAGGAUUCCGCUGGUGAAGACUGAUGAUGAUGCUAUGGAUGCAAACUCAACUAGCUUUUCUUUCCUAACAAAUGGACGGGGUUAUCCAUGCCUGUCAAAGCGCCAUCAGAAGCUGAUUACUCGGUUCUUUAACCAUUCAAUACAGAUUGUUAUUUCUGGCAAACCUGUACACAGUAUUCCCAGGCCAAGUUCAGAUUUAGCAGCCAAUAAUUUUGAUAAUAAUGGUGAAAGUGUGCAAAGACAUCCCCUCAGGCCAUAUUUGGACUAUGUUGGUUAUCUCUUCCAAAGGAUGGAUCCCCUUCCUGAGCAAGAACGUUUCGAACCUCUCAUGGAUAAUCUAGAAGCCCAAACAUAUGAGACAUUCGAAAGAGACUCAAUGAAAUAUAUCCAGUACCAAAGGGCAAUUAGUAAAGCUUUGCUGGACAGAGUCCCUUAUGAAGAAACUAGUGCAACCACUGUACUGAUGGUUGUUGGAGCAGGACGUGGACCUCUUGUGAGGGCAUCACUGCAGGCAGCUGAAGAAACUGGACGUAAGCUCAAAGUUUAUGCUGUGGAGAAAAAUCCCAAUGCAGUUGUCACACUUCAUAGUUUAGUUAAGCUAGAAGGGUGGGAAGAUAUUGUUACCAUAAUUUCUUGUGAUAUGCGUUACUGGGAUGCUCCUGAGAAAGCUGAUAUCUUGGUUAGUGAAUUACUGGGUUCUUUUGGUGACAAUGAGCUGUCACCUGAAUGCCUUGAUGGUGCUCAAAGGUUCUUGAAGCAAGAUGGAAUCUCAAUACCAUCAUCGUACACUAGCUUUAUCCAACCAGUGACAACUGCGAAGCUAUAUAAUGAUGUUAAGUCAAACAAAGAUCUUGUACACUUUGAGACUGCAUAUGUUGUCAAACUGCAUAAUGUAGCAAGGCUCACUCCUUCCCAACCUGUCUUUACUUUCACCCAUCCAGAUAACUCGACCAAAAAAAGCAAUCAACGGUACAAAAGGUUGCAGUUUGAGAUACCAAGUGACACUGGAUCAGCUAUGGUUCAUGGAUUUGCUGGCUAUUUUGAUGCAGAGCUUUACAAAGAUGUUCAUCUUGGCAUUGAACCAUCAAUGGCAACACCAAACAUGUUCAGCUGGUUUGCAAUAUUCUUCCCGCUUAGGACACCAGUGUGCGUAAAGCCUGGUUCUCCUUUAGAAGUACAUUUUUGGCGCUGUUGUGGUUCUUCUAAGGAGCACUGCAGCAAAUCCCUUGAAAUAUCAUGGACAGGAAGGAUUGUCAGCAAUGGUCGACGGGAUGCAGAACAUUUUAAUAGUGCUGCCCUUAAGCAAAUGUGGAUGGAAUAUACCAAGAUCCCUCAUCAAGCGAGCUAUUGUGGGACUUACAGGCUGCGUCAAAUGCUGCAUCGUGAGCUGUCGUCGCAUGGACAAUCACCAAGGGUCAUAUGGGUAGCUACCCAUACAUCUACAGUAGUUUCAACUCUUUUUCUUCAGUUGGUUUUGGAUGGCAAGUGCCAAUAUUUUACGAAGCUGAAUGGACAUAAUGGGCUUUGGUGUGGGUCAGUUAGGUUGUAA